CUUGUAGGCACACCGCACACUAGGCAAAGGCAAUAUGCGUAAGCUUGCUUGAAAAUUUUCCAUUGCCUCAACUUCCCUCCUCGGCUUACUUCCAUCCUUCAAUGGAUUUGUUGAAGCUGCGACCAACUCUGCAAUGUUUUCCUAGAAUAUUAAAUCCAUCAACUCUUCAUAAAACUCAAUUCUAUACCCAACGUUUUUCUGUACAAUCUGCUGUAAAAAAUUUCAGGGUUUUUUCUGAACUUAAUGGCAAAUUAAAUGGUGCUCUUUCUGGUGAUAAUGACCCUCGUUUCAUCGAUCGUCAAAAGGCAUUAGAAGUGGCAAUGAACGACAUAAACAGCUCUUUUGGAAAAGGAAGUGUUACAAGAUUGGGCAGUGCUGGUGGAGCUUUGGUUGAAACCUUUCCAAGUGGGUGCUUGACAUUGGACUUUGCUCUUGGUGGAGGUCUUCCAAAAGGGAGAAUUGUAGAGGUAUAUGGACCUGAAAGUAGUGGGAAGACGACACUUGCUUUACAUGCAAUUGCAGAAAUUCAGAAGCUGGGAGGAAACGCAAUGCUUGUUGAUGCAGAGCAUGCAUUUGAUGCAGCAUAUUCUAAGUCUUUGGGAGUUGAUGUUGAAAAUUUAAUUGUUUGCCAGCCUGAUAAUGGGGAGAUGGCAUUAGAGAUUGCAGAUCGCAUGUGCAGAUCUGGUGCAAUAGACCUGAUUUGUAUAGAUUCUGUUUCAGCCCUCACUCCUCGAGCUGAAAUAGAGGGAGAGAUUGGAAUGCAGCAAAUGGGCUUGCAGGCACGCCUUAUGAGCCAAGCUUUACGUAAAAUGUCUGGAAAUGCAUCAAAAGCAGGCUGUACUCUCAUUUUUUUGAAUCAGAUACGACACAAGAUUGGCGUGUAUUAUGGAAAUCCUGAAGUGACUAGUGGUGGAAUUGCCUUGAAGUUCUUUGCAUCACUUCGCCUUGAGAUACGUUCUAUUGGCAAAGUUAAAUCUGUCAAAGGAGAUGAAGAUAUUGGGUUACGGGUCCGUGUUAGGGUGCAAAAGAGCAAGGUGUCAAGGCCAUACAAACAAGCUGAGUUUGAGAUUAUAUUUGGUGAGGGCGUGAGUAAGUUGGGUUGCAUUUUGGAUUGUGCCGAAAUAUUAGAUGUUGUGGCAAAGAAGGGUUCAUGGUAUAGCUACAGGGAUCAAAGAUUGGGACAAGGAAGAGACAGAGCUUUGCAAUUCUUGAGGGAGAACCCUCAGUUGUCUGAUGAGAUUGAGCAGGUUGUUCGGCCUUUGAUGGCUGAGGGGAUUGUUCAGGCAAGCCCUUUUAACGCAAGAAACGCAACCUUGCCACAGCAGGAGGAAGAAUUUUUUGAAGAGGUGCAAUGACACGAGAUGAAGAACCAUUUGGCAUUCAUUGACAUCAUACCCAAAGAAAUUUUGAAACACAACAAUUCUACCUUAACUGCAGAACCCAAGAAGGUUAGACAAUUAAAUGCCAUUCCUACUGCAACGGCCGUUUAAGGUCAAAGAAUGGUUUUGGUUUGAUUUUCUAGUUGUUCCGCUGCAUCCAAUAGCGACUCAGUUCUCAAACCAAGACUCUAGCCGUCUAGCAUCAUUGAUCAGGAAUGAACUAUACACAAGGAUCAAAGAAUAUAUUCGAUGGAUAUAAUGUAAUUAUGUGAUGUAGGGUGUGGUUGUAGUAUUUAGUUAUUAGUGUACAUGUCGGUUUUGUUGUGUAACAUUAAAACUCAAUUUUUUGUCUGAAGAUUGAGUUGAAUCAUUGCAAAGAUUACUGUAUUUGGGUCAUUUGGCAAUGCGACAUUGAUUUAAAAAGAAAUGCAAUGCCUAGGGCCGAGCAAAA